AUGUCGAAGUCUAUGGACGAUGAUGCUGCAGCAAGCACAAUGACGCCGCCGCUUUCGGCGCCGUCGAAGCAAAUUCCAUUGGAUGAUAUCUCGACGUCGGAGUCGGAGCCGGAAAUCGAGGAUGAGGCAGACGAAAAGCCGUCGGCACGCUCACCAGCUGGCUCACCGGAGCCUGCGCCUGAAGUCCGAUGUAUGUGGGAGGACUGUGGCGAGACAUUCAAUGAUCUUCAGCCAUUCAUUGCACAUCUUCAUUCAUUUCAUAUUGGAAUCCACAAAUCGCGCUAUGCGUGUGAGUGGACAGGCUGUCCUCGAAAAGGCAAGAGCCAGACAUCUCGUUUUGCUUUACUGAGCCACUUGCGCAGUCAUACGGGUGAAAAGCCUUUUACGUGUCCACGGCCCGAGUGUGACAAGUCCUUCACUCGAUCUGACGCGCUCGCGAAACAUAUGCGCGUGCAGCACAACAUGCCCCCAGCCGGACAACCACGCGCCGGUAUGAAUCCCGCUUCCAUCAUGAGCGAUGCCGAUGAAUCUCGUGAUGGAAUGCAUGAAGAUAUGCUUGACAUCGUCGAGAAUGAGCGUCGUGCGAAUGAGCUAGAGACAUCGUAUGUGCUACUCGCUCAGCGUGCCGCGGAGAAUGGCCGCUUCGUGUUGCCUGCACAGGAGACGAGUGACUUCGAGAAAGUAAUGGCUUUUCUACACAACGAAGGCUUAGUACUUGCGCCGUCUGACUCUGAAACAGACGGUGCAGAGCCACUAGCGUCUUCUGCGCGCCACACACCGCCAAAGCCGUACCUUGUGGCAAAGGCUAAGCUCAGGUACAAUAUGCAGAGACGCGAUGAGUGGCUUCAGCUUGUCCAGAAACUACAAGAUGAAGAGUCUGAGCUUUUGAAAGACUGUCGCGAUACACUUGAUACUUUGCUACGGCAUUCUUACGGCGAUAAUGUUGACCGUGUAUUCAAUCCCCCAAAGAAAGAGGAAUCCAUGACAUAG